AUGUCCCAACCCUACAACUCCGCAGACCUCACCUCCGUGCUAGCUACUCUCUCAGCACUGUCCCAAUCCCAAUCCCAAUCCCAAUCCCAAUCCCAAUCUCAAACCAUCCAACUAGAAGACAGCAAUAACGACACCUACGAACCCUCAGAGACAGUCAUACCCCUAAACCCAGCCCCUACUCUCCCUCCAGUCCAAUCCCAUCCCAAGCCCCUACAACCACAGUCACAACCCAAACCAACUACUCCCCUCCCCGACACCUCCGCCAUAACAACAUGGCCCCCGGCUCUAAAAAGCGUCAUGCGCACCGUCUCGCAAAAUGAAGACCUCCAGCGCAAAAUUCGCUGGCUGAUUCAACAGCAGCACGACCAUGAGAAGCAGUGGUGGGCGGGGCGGGAGGCGCUGGUCCGGAAGCAGAAGGCUCGGGUGGAGAAGAAGAAGGAGUUGGAUGCGGUUUUACGGUCUGUUGGGGCGCCGGUUGAUGAGAAGGAGGUUUCGACGGUGGAAGAGGACCGCGCGGAGUUGACUAACUACGAUAUGAAAGUCUACAAGGCCUCGAAGCAGAUGGCGGAUGCCAUGAUGAGUGAGCUGCGGGCGCUGCAGAUCCCAUUCUUUAGUAUUAAGCAGAGUCUGGUCGUUGACUCCGCCGGGAAGGCGGCGGAAUCCCUGAAUCCGGGUAUCGGGAGGGAUGACCUGGCGGUUCUACGGCGGAGGAUGUUGGAGUUAUUGCAGGAUCUUUGUAAAGAGUGA